AUGGACUCGCCCAUGGACGUGGAUACAUCACCCAAGGCUGGCGAGAAGCGAUCGUCUCCCGCCGCCGCGCCGGGCAGUCGAGAUGGCCAGCCGAACAAAAAGCAGCGGACGGAGACGCUGGAACCUGAGCUCCAACCCCAAGCGCAGCCACAGACUCAACCUCAGACGGCUAUGGGCCUUGCGGGAGAUGAGGACAUGCCCGAUUAUCCCAUCGGCCUGGCAGGAACGGCGGCAGCGGGCGAGCACCAGGGUAGCUUGAACGAGGCCGACUUUGCGCGGGAUGGGCUGCAGAGGUCCAUCGUUCUCGCCCUACAGCACGUUGGGUUUGAUUCUGCCUCGCGGGAGGCCCUGGAGAGCUUCACUUCCCACGCCGAAAAAUACCUCACGACCUUUGUUCAGCAUGUGAAGCGGUUCGCCGAGUCAGCGCGACGAGAGCAGCCCACGCCAGCCGACUUCGAUGUCAUACUGCGCAAGCACAACAUUCCCGUCUCGUCCUUGAAGCCGCACCUCAAGAACCCCAUCGCCAAGGAGAAGCUGGAACCCACAUACUACGACCCCUGCCCAACACCACCCCACGCCGACUAUUUUCGGACCACCUCGACUGCCUUCCUGGGACCGGAGCUGGACGGCACGGCGGACCGACAAGAGCGGCCCUGGAUACCAGACUGGCUUCCCCCCUUCCCGAGCAAGCACACGUACAUGUUUACCCCGGUCGAGGCUGCGCCGCCCGACCCGGCUCGGAAACGACAGGAGGCGGUGCAGGAUGCGCUGCUUGGCGAGAAGGCAUUGCGGAAGAUCAAUAGAGCUGCCAAGAUGAGCCAGCAGAAGGAGCUGACGGAGAUCGCACGGCGCAACGCCCUGAGCAAACAGCGGCACGACAGGUGGGAGGAGAUGAUGAAAUCUAUGAUACCCGAACACGGGGCAGCUGGCGAGCGGCAGGAGAUCGCAGACCACAGCAUCAUUGUGGACUCCUCCGUGCGGUAUAAGCGAAGAGAGGUGCCUAGGGAGCACCGCGUACGACCGCAGGGUUAA